AUGUUGGAUGCUCAAAACCAACCAACCGCUGAGCCGUCAACAACAACCAAUCAUAAUGUACAUAAUAACUGUUUUUUAAUGACCAUGCUGGAUCUGGCAGAGCAAGACAACACUAGACAGCUUCAAGAAGAGUCUCCAAUGCUUCAACUGGAUUUACAUGAUUUUUGCAAAUCCUAUUAUGAAUUGUUGGUUCAGCAAUGUCAGGAACUGAGAGAAGACCAUCAACAACACGAAGCUCAGCUAAGCAUCGCACAGUCCAUGUUAAUUCCUUCCUCAUCUGAUUCGAAUAAUUCAUCAUUUCUUGAAGAGGCAUCCACUUCGAUGUGCAAUCUCGAUGAUCAUUCUUUAGAUGCUCCAUUUUUAGAGGAACAUGAAAUCACUUCCUUCUCUCUUCUUGACCAAACCAACUCCAUCACCUUAGAAAAGGGUACCAAUAAGCAACCAUUCUCUCCUUUUUCAAACUUUGAUCCAGCGAUCCAACCAGACCAUAGUUUGGAUGCUUUGAGCGCAUCUGGAGUUUCUCAUCAAUCUCUCAAGUCAUUGUCUUCUUCCUCCACCUCUGCUUCUCCUCAAUUCAUUAAUACGAUAUUUACAAGCAAUGGAAAAAGGAUUGAGAAGAUUAAAAGAAAGAAAAUUCCUAAAAAGCAGCAAGCAAUGCAAUUUAAUUUCCCAAUGUGGACAUUUCAUAUUUCUUCCUGUUCAACAUCCUCUUGUAACUCGAAAAAUUCAAAACAUAAAAAAGAAUUAUAA